AUGGCUCAUAUUGUUAGUUGUAUGCUGGAUUCCGAUUCCGAGGAUUUCAGCCUUUGCCUCAACAAUUACAUAGCAAAGGAAGUCACACCACAAUCAUCCAAUGAAUCGCUAGGUCGAGCUUCGCCGUCAGGGGAGAAGCCGUUCACGUGGAGAUUGUACCAACCAGAGAAGAGAUAUCAAAGCUCCAAGGACACACCGUCGACAGUUUCUGAGAAGUUGUUCGACCCACAGCAAUCCUCUGUUCUGAGUAUGGGACCAAACAACGAAGCCGGUGGAAAGUUGAACGCUGGAUCUAGUUUGAGGAUACAUGUAAAGGAUCAGAAUCUUACUCGCAGGAGGAAAGUGAGCGUGCCUGAACUUGGCCCGAUGACGACCGUUCAAGAGGCACCCAUGGAUUCCCCCACCAUUCCCGGCCGUCCGGCGCUUCAUGAACGUUCUAUUAGUGCCCCAGGCCUUCCAUCAAGGCCUAAUCAGUGUAAAGGAACACUCCAUGAUAGAGUGCCUGCUGAGCGAGCACAGCCUGAUGCCAUCCGCCAAAGUAACAACCGAAGCCAGCAAGUUCGAAACGAGGCUCGACAGCCAUUGUCGCCCAGGAACCUCACUCCUCUGGUGAUUCCGACGCUCAGCUCUGCCACUCAUAGACUUCAUCAGAAGGCAUCAUGCAGUCGUCUACGAGCAGGUACCACACCUGUAGAAUCUACUAUCCGAUCGGGAAGAUUCGAAGAUUCCCCCAAAGCGCGGACGCCGUUUACACCCCUUUCGGCUGCUUCAAGCGCCCCGAGAUCUGCAACAACAAGCGCCAGGACUGCUUCCACACUGCCAACGCCUAUAUCAGCAUCCGCCGACAUUAGAUCCUCGCCGAUGCCAUGGGAUAAGGUGGACAAUUAUGCACCAAAAAGCGCCCUUCAAUGCACCCCUGAGUUCCCAUCAGCACUCGGGACAGGCAUUGCUGAGAGCCCUCAGAGUACCUCGAAGACUGGGCACAAGAGGAGUCAGUCGGAAACGGGAAGCAUCAUGGAACGGGGCCGGCCACGAAAGAGAAGCGAGACAUGCGAGGGUACCAUCUUGCAAAGGUCAUGCUCCAAAAGGAGUAAGAGCGCAGAACGGCGGGCGUUUGAACAAUUGCCAAAGGGAUGGAAGGCUAGCGAUGCGGUCAAAAUGCUCAAGUCUAGCGAGACUGCUGCUUUACGGAAGCAGGCCCUUCAACAAGCUGCUAGAUUUGAGGUACUGCGGAAGGAAGACGUCGACAACCUCUCCAAGGAACUACGGCAGCUAGAUGAGCGGACUGAUUAUCUUAGACGCACCUACACAUCCCUCCGCGCUGGUAGGCGUAACCUCCAUGCUCGGAUAUGUCAAUAUCUUCGAUCUCCGCGCACAGCAAAGUUCAGCCAUGAGUCCAUGUUGAAGCAAGAAGAGGCUCUCGCGGAGCUUGACGCCUCAAUAGAUGACUGGAUAACCAAGCUCGACCAAGCCGAGAAUCGCCGGACCCGAGUUCGGCAAAAGCUUCUCGAGCACGUUGCUGCUGCCACCACACUCUCACUGUCCACCGGAUCCGUGGCUGGCGUGAGCGAGAGUCUGCAGUGCGCCAUGGGAGUCAGCUCUUUGAGCUCUACGAAUGGCGCCGGCAACAUAUCUACGCCACCUCGCAGCCCGGCGAAGAUGUCCUUUUCCUCACACAUCAUUUCCGCUUCUACAUCAUCUUCACCGCCAAGAGUGGCUGCUCACGUACCUUCCACCAUCAUGGAACAGCCAUUCUACGAAGAGGAAGAAGCUGCAAAUGAUGAGGAAGGCGGCAGUUCACGGCGCGCCGAGACCAUCAUGGUCUUUGCAGGCAGUGAUGUGUCCGCCCUCUUGGCUGAUGUGGAAAAUGCGCUCACCCAGAUGGGUGGCGAUGGUGCCACUGCUGAUAGGGAGAAGCGGCAUACAGUCAAGCUUGAGAUAUAUUCUCCGGUGAAAAGGGAACAUCCAGUCAUCAAGGAAGAGCCGGCAGUCAAAAAGGAGGCACCUCCCCCCGCUCCACCGCCGUCAGCCAGCCGGCGGAAACACAUACACCGCGCCAUGAGCAUUGAUAUGCUCAACGGGCUUCGUGCUAAGCCUGCACUCGCUAUCAACACCGCUGAGAAGACCAUUCAGGGUGGAAAAUGUGGCACCAACAGCAGCAGCAACAACUUAACAUGUCAGUCGGCUACUGCCGCACGAAUGGUUAACAGUGAGGAGAUAUUCCUCACUAGUGCCGUGUUCCGGCCAACACAGAAAUAA